GGCACGUUUUGUCUUUCCUGUUCUCCAAGCUAUACUCUCUCUCUCUCUCUCUCUCCGAAAAUCCCAGAGCUUCGAUCUUUACACCGCCAGACCUCUCAGGCCAUGAUUACCGUGAGCGUAAAAUGGCAGAAGGAGCUUCUGAAAGAUGUGGAAAUCGACACGACUCAGCCCCCUUAUGUGUUUAAGUGCCAAUUAUACGACUUAACAGGGGUGCCUCCUGAAAGACAGAAGAUCAUGGUUAAAGGGGGCUUGUUGAAGGAUGAUGCAGAUUGGAUGACACUAGGAGUAAAACAGGGUCAAAAAUUGAUGAUGAUGGGGACAGCAGAUGAGAUUGUCAAUGCUCCAGAAAAGGGUACUGUUUUCGUAGAAGAUCUACCUGAAGAAGAACAAGCUAUCAACUUGGGUCACAGUGCUGGGCUAUUUAAUUUGGGAAACACCUGUUAUAUGAACUCCACCGUACAAUGUCUGCAUUCUGUUCCGGAGUUGAAGUCAGCUUUGAUCAACUACUCAGAUGCGGGAAGAAGCAAUGACGUGGAUCAAACUUCUCAUACAUUGACUGUUGCAACACGUGAUUUAUUCACUGAACUGGAUAAAAGUAUCAAGGCUGUGGCACCCAUGCAAUUUUGGAUGGUGCUGCGUAAAAAGUAUCCUCAAUUCGGUCAGCUCCAUAACAAUACCUUUAUGCAACAGGAUGCUGAAGAAUGCUGGACACAACUUUUAUACACCCUUUCUCAGUCUUUGAAAUUGUCUGGUUCAAGUGAAAAUCCAGAUACUGUGAAGGCCCUGUUUGGUGUUGACCUAUUUAGCAGGGUACACUGUGUAGAAAGUGGGGAAGAAAGCCCAGAAACAGAGUCAGUUCUUUCCCUUAAAUGCCACAUUUCUCAAGAGGUGAACCAUUUGCAUGAAGGGUUAAAACAUGGUUUGAAAUCGGAGUUGGAAAAAAAUUCUCCUUCUUUGGGGCGAAGUGCAGUCUAUGUGAAGGAGUCUCGUAUCGAUGGCUUGCCAAGGUAUUUGACCAUUCAGUUUGUCCGUUUUUUCUGGAAGAGGGAAUCAAAUCAGAAGGCCAAGAUUUUGCGGAAAGUGGAUUACCCUUUGCAAUUGGAUGUAUAUGAUCUGUGCUCAGAUGAUCUCAAAAAGAAAUUGGAAGUUCCCCGCCGGACUUUGAGGGAUGAGGAAGGUAAAAAACUUGGUUUGAAACCUAGUGAAAAUAGCUCUGGUUCAAAAGACAAUGAUAUCAAGAUGUCUGAUGCGGAGGGAGCCUCAAAUGGAAGUGGAGAAACCUCUAAUGCCAUGUCUGAUGAAGGUGUUCAACCAGAGAAGGAAACACAAAUGACUGGAGUUUAUGAUUUGGUUGCUGUGCUGACACACAAGGGUCGCAGUGCUGACUCGGGGCAUUAUGUUGCCUGGGUCAAGCAAGAAAGUGGGAAAUGGAUCGAGUUUGAUGAUGACAACCCCAUUCCACAGCGGGAGGAAGAUAUCACAAAACUCUCUGGUGGAGGUGAUUGGCAUAUGGCUUAUAUCUGCUUGUACAAGGCCCGGGUACUUCCUAUGUGAUAUUCCUUUAUCGAAAUCAACAUUAUAACCUCCUGCAUGUCUGCAUUUCAAAAGAAUUAGAUUCUACAAAAUUGUAAUUUUGCCAUUGAAGUUUAUCCUGCCUGGGUGCCAGCAAAAAAACUUGUCGUGAUUGUAGAUGUGAUAGCUCCAAAAGUGAAUCUUUGCUUUCAUUGAAGUCUGUCAAAUGUGUGUUAGAAAGAAAAUUUAUUGUUAUUAGAUGCUUUUAUUGAUCAGAAAGUGAAUUUCGGGAA